GCGAAAAUGGCUUCGACCCUGCCCGUCCGUACGAAUCACCAGGGGAGAUGACGAUGUUGUGCUCUUUAACUCCACAAAACACCAAAGUGUCUUCAGUGAACAGAACGGUAAUGGUCAAGUGAGCACAACUGCAAGACCGUCAGCCGAUAAAAGACAAACGACACGAAAGACUAUCGCAAUUUUCCCCCGUAGGGCGCUCAAGACGUUAUGGAGGAUAUCAACUCAAAUAUCAACGCGGACUUGGAGGUGCGGAAACUACAGGACUUGGUAAAGAAACUCGAGCAGCAAAAUGAGCAGCUUCGGAGCAGAUCCACGUUGAUAUCGUCGUCCGGGGCAAUAUCGGGGAACCACCGACCCCUGAGCGCCGGAUACGACUCGCCCCUGUCAGCGGGGAUGGCGGCAGGGCUGGCCGGCUUCCCUGGGGUGGGGUUCGGCGGAACGGGCGGCUACGGUGGGCUUCUGGAGAACUCCCGUUGUUUGAGCCCCAGACUGUCUUACGAUGGCAUCAGUUUCCGGAGGGCAUAUGAGCCAGAGGGGGCAUCGGCCGCGACCUCUAUCUCCGGUAUGAACUCUAUCUAUGCUGACAGUGCCGGGGGUUUUAAAGACGAAGGGGAAACCUCAAUCCUGGAUGAAGUCGAGAUAUUGGAUCUCGAAGACAUGGAUUGUUUAAACGAGGAUGAAGACAGCUGGCUGUAUGAGGCUAAGCUGAACAGGCCCUUGCAAAAAGCCUUGAGUCCUAUUGUGUGGUGUCGCCAGGCUCUGGACAACCCCAGCCCUGAUAUGGAGUCAGCCAAGCGCUCCCUUAUCCACAGACUGGAUCUCACCAUGUCAGCCAACAAGCGCAGGAGCCUGUAUGGAAGCCCUUACAGUCCACAGGUGGGCUACGGAAGCCCCUAUAGCACAAACACAGCAAACAGCCCUUAUAGCAGUGGCUUCAACUCCCCCUCUUCCACCCCCAGCAGAGUGCCCAUUGUCAGACAACAGUUGAUGCCAGGAAAUGCAGUCCACCAGCGUAAUGCAGCAGCAGAGAGGAAUCCCCCAGCGGUGAGCCCCCAGUCAUCAAUUGACAGCGAGCUGAGUACCUCAGAGAUGGAUGAGGACUCAGUGGGCUCCUCAAAUACCUACAAACUCAACGACGUCACUGAUGUCCAGAUCCUGGCUCGCAUGCAAGAGGAGAGUUUGAGACAGGACUAUGCAGCAACAGCAUCCAGGCGGAGCUCGGGUUCAUCCUGCCACUCCCUGCGGCGUAGCACCUUCAGCGACCAGGAGCUAGACGCGCACAGUCUUGAGGAUGAGGAGGAAGCAGUGCACCCGGCCUUCCAUCUGCCAUCCAGUCGUUUCAGCCCAUCGCCUCGCCAUUCCCCCCGUGCCUCCCCAAGGAACUCUCCCCGCUCACGCUCCCCAGCACGUUCAAUAGAAUACAGUCACAGCCGUGGCUCACCUCAACCCAUCAUCAGCCGCCUGCAGCAGCCUCGCCACUCGCUGCAAGGCCAUGGGCCCGACCUGCAAACCAAUGUGGUGAAAAACGAAGAGAAGCUGCGUCGUAGUCUUCCCAACCUCACCCGCUCCUCAGGAGCAGCUGCAACCCAGGGUCCAGAGCCUGUCAAGAAUAGCCGCAGCUGCGAGUCCAACCUGCAAGUGCCAAAUGGAGGCUCUCCCAGGCACCAGAACCAGUCUGCUCCAGCAGCCCAACUCCCAAGGUACUCGACCCCCUCUCGCUCUUCCCCGAAACCCAAACAGCAGCUCCAAAGCCCAUCUGCCCUCCGAGUCCCCUCGCCCAGUAAGCUGCGGACUCCAGCCACCCCGUCUCCGCUAGCAUUGAGGCAGCCAGUGAAGGCCACAUCCAACCCAGGCUCCGGCAACUCCACGCCCACACGCUCGCUGCCUACCCCACGCAGUGGCCUGCCUCGCCCCAGUGCCCCUUCAGGAGGAGGGAUCCCUCUGCCACGCAGCAAGUUGGCCCAACCCGUGCGCAGGUCUCUCCCUGCUCCUCGCACAUACAGUAGCACCGGUGAGAACUGGAGAGAAGGCUGCUACUGAGACAGGCCAGCAGGGGGAUCUCCAGUCUACCCAGCAAACACCAGGAGGUGGAAAUGACAAUGCGGCACUUUAUUUACCAAGAUUGCUUUUUUCCAUGAAUAAAGAAAGAAACUAUGUCAGACAAACAAACACAAAAAUCUACAUUGUAUUAAAGAGGACCUCCUGUCUGAAGCACCAUUGUGUUUCUCUGUGUGGAGUGGCUCUGGAGGGGUCAGGCAUGUAGAGGCUAGCCCAGAGAAUGCCAAAGAAACCAGCCAAGCUCCAGUCUGCCACCAGAGGGCACCCUAACCUGCCUCAGUGUGUCUGCAAUCAUUUGUCAGUUCAAAAUCACUGAACUCGCCAUCGCUCCUCCCACUCCUUCCUCCUUUUUAUCUUUUACCUCCCUCAGGUUUGAAAUGUUUUGAGACAUUUCAUAUUCACGCUCUGCGUAAAACAUGUUUGUCAGAGAUCUUUAUGAUGUCGCUGUGCAGGUCAGAUGUCCCUCAAUUGAGAAUUGUUGACAUUUUGCUGCAGUGAAAGCGGCUCUGUAUGGUUGCGUCAUUUAAUUUAAUGAGUUUUUCUUCGUCUCAUGAAAAUCAGCCAGAAUGUAUGCGGAUGUUUCUUUUGGACAUUAUUUAUUCAAAUUAUUUAAAGAAUUUAUAUCCAAACAUCCAUAUCAGUAUUUGUUUUAGGAUUUGAAUUCUUGAAAAUACAUUUUGAGCCUCAACUGCAAGGUAAUCCAAAGCCCUUAUUUUGCCUGUCAAAACAGGUUUUAUGAAUGUUUUUGUUGAAAGCCCAGGUGACAAGUGACACUGGCCAAAUUCUCAAAAUGCUGACAGGUUUACUUUGUUUUCCCACAGUUUGUUACAAUCAUGUUUCCACUUAGCAAGUGCUUAGAUUGCUCAAGCAUCAACAUCCCUCUUCAUUUUAACACAAGUAGACAUACAUAGAUAGUCCAUGCUGCAUAUGUUGCCUUUUCCAUCUGUUAAAUGUCUUGUCAGAAACCUGAGCUGUCUAAAACGUACAAAAUCAAAAUUUCACCUUAAGGUCACGGAAACCAAACGGUGUGCCACCUUCAUGUAGUCUGUAAAGCCCCUGCAACAACAUGUCGGUGUCAUGUGUGUCUCGAUGGAGAGGACAAAAACCAUGUCUUCUAAAACGAGAAAAGCUGGACAGGCAAAGAGCAACUGUUGCCUCUUGUGCUUUAAAAAUUAAUCGAGAGGUGUGCCAAGAUUGAGAUGGUGUUCUGGUGAAUGGUGUGCUGGAUAUUAUCAAACUAGUGCCUAUAAUUUAAAGUUUCACUUUAUUUUGAGCGUGCUUUAUUUGUUCAUUUAUCAUUUUGUGCCAAUUUCUUGGUUUGCCAAUAUUUGCAUCUCAGCUUGAAUGAUUUGUUUGCCUGUUUGUGCUUGGGUUUUUAUUUUUGUAAUUAAGUCAAUACAUUUAUAAUUGCUUUGAAAAAUAUCUUUAUGCGCCUCCAUAUUUAUAACUAAUUACUCUCGUUUUGUAAAUGAAAACUAUUUAUUAACGAGAUCAUUGCCUCUGUUAAUCUUCAAAUUCAGUGGGAAGCCAGAAGAAUGUUAAAAAAAAUACAUGCCACACCUUUUGUGUGAUAGUUUUUGUUAUUGAACCUUUUUUUUUAUAUCCACAAACAUGACAUAUGUUUCCCAAUGUAAACUCACAUUUCAAAUAAAAGUGAAAAAGGU